GGUUGUCAAUUCGGAAUAUUAGUGCACGUGUAGGGUUUGUUGUUAAUAUUUUCAUUUUAAAAGUAACUUUAACUUAAAAAAUAAAAAUGAAGCGGAAAACACAACUAGAAGCUGAAACGGAUUCCGAAUAUUAUUCGGAUGAUAAUUCAGACGAAGAGCUUCAAGAAGCAUUUGCUCGUGGCGACCUCAAGCCGGGUUUGAACAUAGAAUUCAGCUCAGGAAGGGAGAAAGUCAACAAUAUCCCGAAAUUGCUAGCCAAAACAGAUGAAAUUAAACUAGAUUUGUCGUGGAUAGAAAGAAUGGAUAUGGUAAACGAUUUAGCUCCAUUGGCACCUGAAUUAGUCGUACAGUUAGAGAAACAUGAGCAGAAGCGCGCCAAUAUGUUUAAAGGCAAUGCCAAAAUUCCAUAUGUGCGUCCGGACGAAGAUCCUGUACUAAAUGACUUUAAACGUGAAAUGUUAUUUCAUCGCCAAGCACAGGCCGCCGUUUUAGAGGGAAUUAAACGUUUACAUUCUGCGGGAGUUGUUACUCGUCGUCCCGAUGACUAUUUUGCUGAAAUGGCGAAAUCUGACGAACAUAUGCAGAAGGUACGUUCUAAUCUUAUGGCCAAGCAAGAGGGUCAAGCUAAGUCGGAACGUAUUAAGCAAAUACGUGAACAACGUAAAAUGGGUAAAUUACUUGCAAAACAAACGAAAGUACAGCGAGAAAUGGAAAAGAAAGAUAUGUUGGAUAAGUUGAAGAAAUUCAGGAAAGGCAAAUUGAAGAAUCUUGACUUCUUAGAGGACGCCAAAACUUUGGAAACACAAAAGAAGAAAUCAGCAGAUAAGCGGAAACAACGUAAUAAGAAGUUUGGGUUUGGUGGUAAAAAGAAAGGUCAGAAACGAAACACAAAAUCCUCUGCUGGCGGAUUCGAAAAAGUGAAAAACUUUAGGAAAGGCGCAAAAGCUUCGAGCAGUGGAAACAAACGGCUAGGAAAAUCUCGCCGAUUGAAAUCCAAAUCACAGAAAUAAUAUAUUUUUAAUAUUUGUAAUCUAGGCCUAUUAUAUUAAACAAUAGAUAUAAAAGUUAAAAUAUUAUGUA